UAUUGUGCACAAACGCAUGCACAUACGUGCAUAUAUACAUAUGUACGUGCGUACUUAUUGCAUAUUGAUAAAAAUUGUAAAAAUCCGCUUGGCUAUUUAGUUUAGAGGCCCCGAUGAGUAAGUAGUUGUCUGAAACGAUUACCUCAGCUGGGUGGCGCGGCAGCUGCGCCAAAAUAUUACGCGCAUUCUAGGCGAAUUGAUUCACGAUUUGACAUUGAAAACAGAAAUUGCGAUGAAGAGUUGGUCGUAGAGAGGAGCAAAGGGCAAGGUAACGUUCGAUCGAAAGGACAUACACGCGCGCACUCACACACACACACAAAAACACAACUACACCAAUAAGAAGAUGCCCUGUGAAAGCUGUGGCAUUGAAUUCACGGUAUUUCGCCGUAAACGCAGCUGUUUCGAUUGCAGGCGCUAUUAUUGCAAUAAUUGCCUGAUUGGAAUCACGACAACGACGACGUUGACAUCGACGUCGCGUCGCUGCCAGCGCUGUGCAAUAUUUGCUCAACGUCCUCUGUUGCGUACGGAUUUGCUAAAGCUUAAGCCAAAGGAUUUAAUAUUCUAUUUGCAAUCCAAACACAUUUCCACUGAAGGCUGCCUGGAGAAGGAAGAGCUGGUUGGUCUGGUGCUGACGCAUGUCGCUCAGUCGGAUCGUGAAAGGGGUUGUCCGCCCAAUCAGAACCAGAGUCCGGGUCGUGGCCAAGCCAAUCCCAUGGACAGUCUGAAGCAAUCGUGCCAAAACUUUUUCACCAAUCUUAGUGACAAUAUCAGUGAUUCCUUAGCGUCCUUUGACACAAAAUCUAGUUCCAAAUCCACGUCGAACAGUCGUCAUGCACCCAAUGAUAACGGAGCUCCACCUCCACCCACGCACAUCUUUGAGCAGCCGCGCGUGUCCACAAGAGAAAUUCCAACGUACGCCAGUGCUGGCGGCGCUCAGCAGACGCCUGCUCGAACGCCCAGCAUACAUCGUACCAAUUCGACGGAGGUGGCGCAUGUGCAUGUUAGUCCAUCCACAUCCUCCACUCAUACGGCGACUUCGCCCACGGCCACACAGGAGCACAGAGCUUUGGCUACGGAGGCGGCCCGACUGCUGCAACAGGUUGAGCCUGAUAACUCGGAGUGUGAUUGCUCGGACGAUGAGAUAAUAACCACGUUCAGUGAACGCACAUCGCUUAAGAAUAGCGACAACAGCGCUGGCCCAGCGAGCAGGCCAACACUGGAGAUUAGCUCAGCUGGUCUAACGCCGACAACAGCUACAAUAGCAACAGCAACAACAGCCACAACAGUAACAACAGCCACGACAAGCACCAGUCCGGGCUACUCCAAACAGGGCUCACUUAGCUCUAAAGUGGAUGCAUGCGGUGCCGAUGCCUCGUCACAGUCCAGUUUCGAGGAACUGGGCGCUAUAGGCGGCAUCUCCGAUGAGAGCAAAGCUACGACCGAUACGAAUAGCAGUAACUUAGAUCAGUGGCAAAUACUUGAGCAAACAAGUAGCAGUCAACUGCCACAGCAGCAGCAGCUGCUGCAGGACCAACAACAACAGCAGCUGCAAGUCGAAGCGGCUAUUGAUGAAAUUUUACAGGUGACGGUGCAAAAUGAGCCGCAGGCUCCACAGCGCAUUAAAAAGGUCACCCGACGACGUUCCGAAGGCUAUUUGAAUCGUCGCCAUCAAUCGAGCGAUGAUGAUGACGAAUCACCGGUGGGUCCCCUCAACGGUUUGGUAUUAAGUACGCUCAGCGAGCAGUCUGAACCGUCGAUAACCGCUGUUGCCUCCACUAGCUGUCAGCGUUGUGGCAAGAAUAAGACGAACAUCAGGCGACAUGUGGAUAAAAUGCGUCGACAUUUGGAGAAUUCACAGAUGUCCGAGGCAGACAUAAAGCGUGAGCUGCAAGAGUUUCUCACCUACCUGGAGCAGCGCACCAAGUCUCUUGAGUGUUCCGAUGCGGACAGUCACGCUGUUUCGCCUCUGAGCAGCAUAGAGGCUGGUGCGGCAGGUGUUGCGCGUCCGCUACCUAUAACACCUACGAUUGAGUUUUCGCCCACACAGGACGAGCACGAAUCGCAUUGGGAAGAUGACGAGGGCAUACAUGUGUACGCCUCGCCCUUGGGCUUUGAGCCGCCCAGCAGCUUGGAUUCACGCUUCGUGAACUUGGAAGAGUUUGAGGAUAGAAAAGACUUGGAGAACUUGACUGUGAAACAGUUAAAGGAGGUUUUAAUGUUGCAUCGCGUCGACUACAAAGGCUGCUGUGAGAAGCAGGAGCUACUCGAUCGUGUGUGUCGACUAUGGAAGACAAUGCGAACAGCGCCAGCUGUUGAAAAACUUGCCACAGACGAGCUGUGUAAGAUCUGCAUGGAUGCGCCGAUUGAGUGCGUCUUUCUGGAAUGCGGCCACAUGGCCACCUGCACCAACUGCGGCAAGGUGUUAAACGAGUGCCCGAUUUGUCGACAAUAUAUUGUACGAGUUGUAAGAUUCUUUAGGGCGUAAUAUUCUAAAUUUUGCAGCCGAUGAUACAUAGCUUUGCUUAUUAUAAUUCUUUUUAAUUUAUACUAUGUGAAAAAGGAAAACGGUUAGGGCCAAGUGAAUUGUAGCUCUGUACAUAUUGAGAGUAUGUAAGAGCUAAACUGAAAGCACUAGAUGUGCUUUAGCUAUAAAGUUGUUCAAUGGGUCUUGAAUGCUCAAUAGCAGCAGUUGAACGUUAAACUCUGAAAACAACUUUGUUUCGUUAAAGUUAAGACAGCUCAGUUUGUGCUGGCAAUAAUAACAAUUGUGUUUUAUUUUAAUAUUUUGCUGCAAGCCCAGAAAUACAACUUUAAAAGUUUGUAUUU